AUGCUAAGGCAAUUUGAUACUAAACUAGAUGAAGGUAAAAAUGAAGUUAGUGCAACAAGUAGACAAAUUGGUUGCUCAAAAUUUGUACUCACAGAUGCAUUAUCUAAAAGACCUAGAAUUAUCUGUAUACCUUUGUAUAUCAUUAAUGAUGAUAUAUAUAUUCUAGUAGCUGAAAUAGUAGAGCAUACAGAGAUAUAUUUAUGA